UUAUUUAUUUUUAAAGAUUCAGAAAUGAAAAAUUCACCAUUAACGACAAUGAGUAAAAUUCACUUGGUCUUCUGGCUUUAAAAGCCUGCAACAGCGUACCACCAAACAAAACCUGCAACCAAACGAAACGUACCUAGGAAAUAGAAACCUAUCUUACAGCUUCUGCUACUUUCCUGUUAUGCGGGCAGAGUGUUUUUUACCAGCCAACGAGCAACACUACUGUCCCCAUCGAGACCAUCUCUACAUUUUAAGAAGACGGACGCGCACGUAAUGAAUUCUCUGAACCAGCAGUAUGAGGAGAAGGUGCGUCCCUGCAUCGACCUGAUCGACUCCCUCCGCUCUCUGGGAGUGGAGAAGGACCUGGCGCUGCCUGCCAUAGCCGUGAUAGGGGACCAGAGCUCUGGGAAGAGUUCGGUGCUGGAGGCGCUGUCUGGUGUGGCUCUGCCAAGAGGAAGCGGCAUUGUUACAAGAUGUCCCCUCGAGCUGAAGAUGAAGAAAAAGAAAGAAGGCCAGGAUUGGCAUGGAAAGAUCAGUUACCAAGAACAUACUGAGGAGAUAAACGAUCCUGCAACUGUGGAGAAAAAAAUCAGAAUAGCACAGAAUAAAAUGGCUGGAAAGGGAAGUGGGAUCAGCGCUGAACUCAUUUCUCUGGAAAUCGGCUCCCCGAAUGUUCCUGACCUGACUCUCAUCGAUCUUCCUGGCAUCGCCAGGGUGGCUGUGGAGGGACAGCACGAGAGAAUCGGUGAUCAGAUAAAGGGACUCAUCGAGAAGUACAUCAAAAAACAGGAAACCAUCAGUCUGGUGGUGGUUCCAUCCAAUGUGGACAUAGCGACCACAGAGGCCUUACAAAUGGCUAAACAGGUUGAUCUGUUUGGAGAGAGGACUCUGGGUAUUCUGACUAAGCCUGACUUGGUGGACAAAGGCACAGAGGACAUGGUGGUGAAAACAGUCCGCAAUAAAGUCGUCCCUCUGAAGAAGGGCUACAUGAUUGUCAAAUGCAGGGGCCAGCAGGAGAUUUUAGAGAAUCUGUCUCUUGCUGAAGCAAUCGAGAGAGAGAACACCUUCUUUAAUGAUCAUUCGCAUUUCCAGACUCUGUUAUAUGAUGGUCUGGCCACCAUCCCUAAAUUAGCAGAGAAACUCACACUGGAGCUUGUGAAUCACAUCCAGAGAUCUCUACCUGAACUGGAAAAGCAGAUGGAGACUAAACUGAAAGAGACUCAGGCAAAGUUGGACAAGUUGGGCUGUGGACCACCAUCUGAUUGCACUGAGAGACUUGGUUUCCUUAUCGAUAGGGUGACGGCAUUCACACAGGAUGCCAUUUACCUCAGCAAAGGGGAGGACAUAAAAUGUGGAUACAAGUCCAAGAUAUUCUCCAUACUCAGACAACAGUUUGCUGUUUUGAAAACAAUUAUUGAUAACUCCGGAACAACAUUCAACUGGAAUAUUCAGAAGGAGGUGGCUCAGUAUGAACGCAAGUACCGCGGGAAAGAGCUCCCAGGCUUCAUCAACUACAAGACGUUUGAAGCCAUGGUGAAGGAGCAGAUCAAGGAGCUGGAGGAGCCUGCGAUCAUAAAACUAAAGGAAGUGGCAGAACUUGUGAAGAAAGAGCUGUUUGGAUUGGCCCAGAGGAGCUUGGUUGGCCUGCCUAACCUUAUCAGAACUGCUAAGAUGAAGAUCGAAGCCAUCGGUAACGACAAGGAAGCCUUGGCGGAGUCCAUGCUGCGGACCCAGUUUAAGAUGGAGCUGAUUGUCUACACUCAGGACUGCAGAUACAGCAAGAAGUUGGGGAAGAGGAAGAGAGAAGAAAGCCCCAUCAAUAACGAAACUGGAGCCAACCUGAAGGAGAUGAUGAGACACCUGAAAUCCUACUACCAAAUUGCUGGUCAGCGUCUGGCCGACCAGAUCCCACUAGUGAUCCAGUACCAGAUGCUGCAGGAGUCUGCCGUUCAGCUGCAGAGAGACAUGCUGCAGAUGCUUCAAGACAAGGAGAAAAUGGAGCUGCUGCUCCAGGAGGACGGAGGCAUAAAAGACCACAGAAUCCGCCUGCAGAAAUCCAUCGGGCGUCUCUCCAAGGCACGCAUCGUGCUAAGUGAAUUCAGCAUGAACAUGUACGACUUCAGCACAACAGAAGCUUAGUGUGUUGCGUGAAAUCAGAGCUUUUACUUUAUGAAUAUUUAGGAAAUGUUUUGCAUAGUGGUAAUGUGUGUACAUUUUGGAAAGUUUUUGUGAGAUUUUUUUGUAGAAUAUUUACCGUAUUUUCCGGACUGUAGAGCGCACCUUAUUAUAAGCCGCACCCACAAAGUUUAUAAAACAAACAAAAAAAAAACACUGGAAACGUACAUAUAUAAGCCACACCAGGCUAUAAGCCGCUGGUAUCUCUGCCGCUCUCAGUUUUCCACAAGGAUGCAGCAGAGGAAUGCGUCCAUGGAAUCGUUCACGCCGAGCUUAUGUGCAGCGACUAUCGAUCUGUACUACCAGAUCGAUAGCCUUCAACUUAAAAGCUGCAUCAUAUGAACUUCUUCGUGUUGUUCCCAUGAUGAAUGGGUAUGAGUUUGAAAACAUUUCUCUGUCGAGCCUGCUGGUAGCAUGUGCUUAUGAAAAUCAGCGCUUUCUUCUUUGAUUUAUAAUUUUGACUUCCAAUGAGUCACUUCCUGCUGAAGAGCCCCCUGGUGGUUGAAGAAAAAAAUCCACAUAAAACCUGCACGGGGUAAUAAGCAGCACGGUUCAAAGCGUGGGGGGAAAAGUAGCAGCUUAUAGUUCGAAAAAUAUGGU